AUGGGGGACUGGAACUUUCUGGGAGGAAUCCUCGAGGAGGUUCAUAUCCACUCCACCAUGGUGGGAAAGAUCUGGCUCACUGUUCUCUUCAUCUUCCGCAUGCUAGUGCUUGGAGUGGCAGCUGAGGACGUGUGGAACGAUGAGCAGGACGACUUCAUCUGCAACACGCAGCAGCCUGGCUGCAGAAACGUCUGCUACGACUGCGCCUUCCCGGUCUCCCUCAUCCGCUACUGGGUGCUGCAGGUGAUCUUCGUCUCCUCACCGUCAUUAGUGUACAUGGGACAUGCAAUCUACCGACUCCGUGCACUGGAGAAGCAGCGGCACUGCAGGAAAGCGGCGCUGCGACGCGAGCUUGAAGCGUUGGAAUCAGACCUAAUGGAGGCCCGCCGACAUUUGGAGAGGGAACUGAAGCGGCUUGAGCAAGGAAAAUUAAACAAAGCACCACUGAGAGGCUCAUUAUUGCGCACUUACGUUGCUCACAUCGUGACCCGAUCGUCAGUGGAGGUGGGCUUCAUGCUGGGUCAACACCUGCUCUAUGGAAACCAUCUUGAACCGCUGUACAGGUGCGAUCAGGAGCCAUGCCCAAACUCAGUGGACUGUUUCGUGUCACGGCCAACAGAAAAAAGCAUGUUCAUGGUGUUUAUGCAGAUCAUCGCAGCUGUUUCGCUGUUUCUCAGCCUACUGGAAAUCGUGCAUUUGGGAUACAAGAAGGUGAAAAGAGGAAUUCUAGAUUAUUACACUCACGUUAAGGAUGAUUUGGAUGAUUAUUGUGGAAGCAAAUCGAAAAAGAACUCUGUGAUGCAGCCGGUUUGUGUGAGCCAGGGACGCAAAGCCACCAUUCCCACAGCUCCGACCGGAGGAUACAUGCUCCUGAUGGAAAAAAAACAAGCUAAUGGCCCUUCUUUCCCACCUCUCAUUGGUUCUCCAUCCACGUUCCUUCAAUGUGGGGCCAAAAGAGGUUUGGAGGGGCAAAACGAGGGCAAAGACAGUGUUCCAAGUCCAACUGAGCACACGAGCAGCUGCACCCUCUCUCCUCACGAACUUAAACAACUAGGGACUGAGAACGCCACAUACCCAACACUUCCUACCACCGACUCAACAUCCUGUCCCACUUCCUGUCCCAACGGUGCAGCAUGGAAACUGCAGCGCAUCAGCAGCACGGUGAUGGAAGGAAACGGGGAAAACGGGGAGUUCUGUAACUGUUCUACGGGAACUCAGCAGUAUGAUUUUACAGCAAAAUACAACAAAUACACGUCCAAAUCAGAGUCAGUGUGUGACGUAAGCUCUGAGUCACGCCGAAGCCCCGCCCUCUCGCCAAACCGUCGUACCUCAUUGGUCAGCACUGUGAGCAGCAGGAGAGCCACAGACCUACAGAUCUGA